CUUACUUCAGUCACAGCUUACCAUUAACCACAUACAUAGCGAUACUGAUUAAGAGACAACACAGAGAGAAGAGAGCGAGACACACAGCUUAAUUUUUCUUCAUGGAUAUGCCUUUAUAUUGCUCGAGCCUGGCUGCCAGAGUUCCACAUGUCUCGGGAGACGGAAGAGUAAGCAACAAGUUGACAUCCAACCAUGUUGGAAGCUUGUUCUUCCAACACCAGAACCCACCAAAACAAAUUCUCUCUCUGCCAAAGUUCGAUCAGAGUUGUUCUUCUUCCAUAAUGGAGGACCAAAAGAGCCUAAGCGUUGCAUCCCCAGAACCAGAAAAAUAUUACCAAGAACUGGAUGUUGCUGUCAGAGCUGUACAGAUGGCAUGUUCUCUCUGCCAGAGAGUACAAGACAGUUUGAUUUCUAAAAGCAACGAUCAGAUAAAAUCCAAGGAUGACAAUUCUCCUGUCACUGUUGCGGAUUGGAGUGUCCAAGCUACAGUCAGCUGGUUACUAUCCGAGUAUUUUGGAAGAAAAAAUCUGUCCAUUGUUGCUGAAGAAGAUGUUCAGAAACUCUCCAGGGCUGAUGCAUCUGAACUAUUAGUAGCUGUGGUGAACAUUGUGAAUGAAUGUCUAGCUGAAGCACCUCGUUUUGGACUUAAAGGUCCAGAUAAGGACCUCGGGACCUCAGAGGUGCUUGAAGCCAUCAGUCACUGCAACUCAUCAGGGGGUCCUACUGGAAGAUUCUGGACACUUGACCCUGUUGAUGGCACAUUGGGGUUCGUCCGUGGGGAUCAAUAUGCUAUAGCUCUAGCACUGAUAGAGGAUGGAGAAGUUGUGCUUGGAGUUCUUGGGUGUCCAAAUUACCCGAUGAGAAAGGAAUGGUUAAGUUAUCAUCACCGUUAUCAUAGAAUUAUCACUAAGUUGACUCCACCAACAUCUGAGUCUUGGGACAAAGGUUUUGUGACUUAUGCUAUGAAAGGUAGUGGCAAGGCUUGGAUGCAACCACUGCUUCAGUCAAAUAAGAAGUUAGUGUGGCCAAACUCUGCAAGGCCAGUGCGAGUGUCUUCCAUUGAUGAUCCAGGAUUAGCAACCUUUUGUGAACCAGUCGAGAGAGCAAAUUCAAGCCACUCCUUCACAGCAGGACUAGCUCACACCAUGGGGCUUAGGAAGCAACCACUACGAGUAUACAGUAUGGUCAAGUAUGCUGCUAUAGCCCGAGGGGAUGCUGAGAUUUUUAUGAAGUUUGCAAGGGCUGGCUACAAGGAGAAAAUAUGGGAUCAUGCUGCUGGAGUCGUUAUUAUACAAGAGGCCGGAGGCAUGGUAACUGAUGCAAGAGGGAACCCACUUGACUUUUCAAAGGGCAUUUACCUAGAAGGCCUAGAUCGAGGUGUAAUUGCAUCUGCUGGACCCAAGCUACAUGACAAGAUCAUCAGUGCCGUUGAUGCUAGCUGGGAUUCCUCUAGUCUAUAAGGUUUUACCAUUUUUAACAUGAUUAGACAGUCAGGAAAUUGGGAACCCAAAUUUUCUUUUUUAAAUUCUUCUUCUUCUUCUUCUUCUUCUUCUUCUUCUUCUUCUUAUUUUUCUUGUUUGGUGGGGGGUUCUAGCUUUCUGUAAUUAUAGGUUUGUCUGUUCAAAGUCACCAAUAAAUGAAAGUGUGGACAGUACUGUAAGUAAGUGAUCCUAUUUUAUUUGCAUAGGAUUGUGAAUGAUGUAUUUGUACUUUAGCUUCA